GAGGUAACUGACCUACCCAGUUCCCAGAAGUGGCAGCCUUGGAAGGAACUAGCCUCAGCUAGGUCUUCUGUGGAGCUUCUGAAGAAGAGCCAUGGCCUCAGCAGCUUCCCUGAAGGAGAUUCAGGAGAUCGCCACCUGCUUCCUGUGCUCAAACUUGUUGGACAUCCCAGUGAGCCUGGACUGUGGGCACAGCUACUGCAACUUGUGUUUGCAGACCUUCUGUAGGAAGGAAGCACUGCUGAAGAAGGUCGUGUGUCCUCAGUGUCUGUUGCCAAAUAAUGUAAACAGCUGGAGGCACAAUAAGCAUCUAGAAAGAAUCAUCACGGUCUUAAGGAAGAUGGCAGAGACACAGAGUGAGUCAGAAUGUGAGGAACACGGGGAGCCACUUCGGCUCUUCUGUGAAGAUGACAAGCAGCUCAUCUGCCAGCGCUGUGAGCAGGCUCCAGAGCAUCAAGGGCACACCACAGUGCCGGUGGAGGACGCGUGCCAGGGCUACAAGGAAAAGCUCCAGAAGGCUGUGGCAAGGUUGAGGGAUCUGCACACAGAAUGCAUGAAUCAGAAAACACUGAUAAGAACACAGAUAGCUAAGUGGCAGAAGGAGAUAGCGGUUCAGAAACAAAAAGUGAAAGUGGACUUUGAGAAACUUCACACUUUUCUCCAUGAGGAGGAGAAGUUGUGGAUCUGGAGACUGGAGAAUGAAGAAGAGCAGAUGCUGAGGACACUGCGGGAAAAUGAGGCCGACCUGCAGCAGAAGAGCGAGGAAAUCAUGAACCACAUCCAGGAGCUGGAGGCAAAGUGUCAGAGCUCAGCCCAGAAGCUGCUGCAGGAUGUGGAAGAAACCUUGAGCAGGGCUUGUACAGUGAAGCUGGAAGCUCCCAAGGCCUUUUCCAUGAAGGUUCAGACUGUGUGUGAUGUUGCUGAGCUUUACUUGGAUGUGAAGGUGAUGUUAAGACGCCAUCAAGCCAGUGUGACUCUGGAUCCAGAUACAGCUCAUCCUGCCCUAACUGUGUCUAAGGACUGGAGACAGGUGUCCUAUGGAUGCAUCCAGCAGAAUCUCAAAGCUUCUUCCAGGAGAUUUACCAUGCUCCCCUGUGUCCUGGGCUGUGAGGGCUUCAGCUCAGGAAGACACUACUUUGAAGUGGAUGUUGGAGAAGGAACAGCUUGGGAUGUGGGAGUCUGUAUGGAGAAUGUGCAGAGAGGUUUUGGCAUGAUACAGGAUCCCGAUAGUGGGUUCUGGGCCAUUAGGCUGUGCACAGAGGAUAGCUAUGUAGCACUGACCUUGCCCCACACUGUCCUUAAGCUACCUGAGCGACCCCUGGUAGUGGGGGUUGUUCUGGACUGUGAGGCUGGAGCUGUGUCCUUUUACAACAUGACCUCUGGCUCCCACAUCUUCACCUUCCCCAAGGCUUCCUUCUCUGGUACCCUGUGGCCCUUUUUCCGGGUUUAUCCAUACUCACCUUUAUUCCUGCCUUCCUGCACUGAGUAAGCAAAGAAAUAAAACUUCCUUAUUUACACUGAUAGAAAAAGUAUAGAGCUCAUAAAGGCACACAUGUGGUCAGUUGUGUUCACUAGUAUUUCUUCAACACCUACAACAGGCUAGAUUUUUAGAAGAUAUUUAAGAGAUCUGUAUUGAAUUCAUGGCUAUAAAGACUAGGAGAACUCCAUACAUUGGCAGCCUGAUUGAGGGGAGAGCAAGAUAAUUUAAAGGCGUGACGUCCUCCGCAUCUCUCUCCACGGGGUUCAGUUCUCUGAUUUCUGGUCAUCGUUGGUUGAUGUUUUGGUUCAGUUUGGUUCAGUUUGAGGUAAAAAGGUCUGUAGUCAUUUAACUUUUAUUGAGCGACUUGGACUAGUGUAUUUGAAUAGAAGAAAACAACUCCAGGAACGAGUAGGAAAAUCAAACUAACAAUAGUUCCCUAGCACUGACAUGUUGAUCAAUAAUCUCCACUUCAAUCCAGGCCUGACCUACAAUUCAACAAGAUGUAGUGAGCUUCCCUGGGAAAUCACCAUGGAAUUGUAAGAGAAGAGAAAAACUGUUUCCUGAGAGAUGCUUUAAUGGAAAGUAGAAGGGGACUAAAUAAUAAAUUUUCAUAGGGGACUUAAUUCUGGAAGAAAAAAGAAGUUGGCCUUGUCCAGAUUAUGCUAUAGCUGCCUGUUUUGAAAUAUACCUACAUUCCAGUAAAUAAUGUUUGCUGGAUUAAUUGCCAUUAGUCCUUGUUAUGACUCACAUAUGGCAAAGUAAUACUUACCACAAUAGUAGGUCUAUUAUGCAAACUGAAAUUAAUCAGUUUUGCAUGAUCUACAGGAGUGAGCUGAUGACAGGGAGACAGUGACUUCAGGCAGAGGACAAACAACUUUAGUAUUGAUGACUAAAUUCCAAGGUCACUAAGUACUACAAUAAUUUGUUCUUGAUAUAAAAUUGAGGUUUGCUGAUAUUGUUGAUGUCCUCUGAUGGCAUUCCCAUUAAAUAGAAGAAUGAAGGCAGAGUUGUUUUGUGGAUGUCAGAGGCCUGCUAGGGGCUCCAUCUCUGUCCAGAAGAUGUCAGAUCCCAGUGCCAGUGCGGGACAACUCCCUGGUUAAGCCGGUGGGAGCAGGUUGUACCAAGUGAAGGUCCCAUAAUCUGUUUUGCUACAUUGGCACUGGAUUAUUGUGAGUUGAAAAUAACUGAGGAAAAGAGAACUAAUAAAAGCGCUCUCUCUCUCUCUCUCUCUCUCUCUCUCUCUCUCUCUCUCUCACCUUCCUCCCACAAUUUUCACCUCAUCUCCUUCACCUACCCUUCUUUUGUUCCCCUCCCCCUCCUUAAAUAUAGGAGAUAAUUUUGUAAUGAUUUCCUACCUUUUGAAAAGUACAGAUGUAUUCACCAGACUCCAGCUUGACUUAAAUAUCAGUGGAAACUGAAUUACAAUCGCUAAAAAACAAAUCAAAAAACAAACAAUGGCCUUUAUCUACAAUUAGCUUUCCCAUAUAUUUGCUCUCCCACAAUUUAUCACCAUAGAAACACAAAGUUCUUUUCUUGUGUCAUUAAUUCUCCAAUGUGUUUUCUUUUGUUAAAAUGCUCUGUAGCCCAACUUGCAACACUCCUUGGCAUUACUUAUUUCUGUGUGUCUCUCGUGCACAUGCUAAUAAAUAUGUUUCCUCUUCU